AUGUCUUGGCGGAUUUGCCUUCACCUUGUCUGCUCCACGUGCUCAGGGUCUCUGUUUCUCCCACCUUCUCCUCCGUCAACCCCGCCGUCGUUACACACAUCAUCCCGCAUAAGAUCUCUGAAGAUGAGAAGCACCGACGAAGCGCGCCUGCGACUUGGCACAGGCAUCGAUGCCAUUUGGCAGACCGUCACUUCUCGCGAGAAUCAAAAGGCAUCGCCGCUGCUCCGACUUCCUGCUGAGCUCCGCAACAAGAUCUACCAGUACGCACUCAGCGACUGGAUCAUCACUUUGUCAUACACCAACGACGACCCAUGGUACGGACAGAAGAUUGUCCUCUGCACUCGCGCAGGCAUGAACGACAACAUCUGGUAUGCAGCGACAAGCGCGAUCCUCGGCCUUCGAUCGACAUGUCGUCAGCUCCGCGCGGAGACUGGCGUUCUUCCGUACACCUUGAAUAAUAGAUUUUCUUGGGAUGACAAGUGGAGCAGGUACGAGUUGGUCAAUCCUGUGGGCAAGGAACAGCCUCGGUACCAAAAAACGUGGAGGAAGGCGAUGAAUACGGAGGACUUUCACGAUCUGGCGAAUGCGCGGUUGAGGGGCCAUGGAACGGGUAAACGCAGUCAUCCCAGAACGCUAACAGAUCUUGUUGCUUGGGUUGCGUGGAUUUGA